AUGGCAUCGGUUGUAGUUGUUCCGGCAGGGGCAGGGGCUGCAGUGGGAGUGGGAGACGGCGAGUCUGUCUUUCAAACAGCGCCAGACUCAGGGGUCUCAAGCAAAGCUCCAGGUGCUGCAGGAGAGAUGGCAGUGUUGGGAGUGGGGAGCGGCGGGCAGGCGCAGGUGUGCGCGCAUUACUCACUGGCGGAGGUGGUGCAGGCGACGACUAAGCAGCAAUUGACGAUCCGGCAGCGACUGGAAAUUCUCAUAGGCCUGGCUCGUGGCCUGGAGUACCUUCAUGAGUUUGGCAUUGUGCAUCGCGACAUCAAGCCUGCCAAUAUCCUCCUUGAUGAAAGCCUGAAGGCGAAGAUUGCUGACUUUGGGUUGGUGAGGCAUGGGGAGGGCACAUCGGUGGCGGCCACACGAGUGAUGGGAACACCGGGCUAUGUGGAUCCCGCCUACUGCAAGUCGCAGAAGGCCACUCCCAUGGCUGAUGUGUACAGCUUUGGUGUGGUGAUGUUAACCGUGCUCACGGCACGCAAGGCCGUCUUCAGCAUGGAAGAAGAGCAGGUCAACCUCAAGACAUGGGCUGCUCCGCUAGUGGCAUCCAAUAACAUGUCAUCGUUCAAAGACCCUCAUUUGGAAGCACCAGAUAGCUUGGUGCAGGAGUUGGCUCGCCUUGCUCUCAGCUGCACCGCCAUGCCGUCUGCAUCCCGUCCCUCCAUGAGUCGAGUGCUCGCCUCCCUGCUGAACAUAAAAGACAGUUACUUCGGGCUCGAGGUGAAUAGGAUGGCAGCACGAAUUGACCAAGAGGUUGCGAGAAACUCAGGAGGGAUGGACGGCGGGAUGCCAGCUCCUGGUGGCAGCGGGAUGGGCGGUGGCGAGAUGGAGCUCAUGUCCAGAUCUCUCCAGAUCGAGCAGAAACUCUUCUAUCUUGAUCUUAAAGACAACCCUCGGGGCCGGUUUCUUAAGAUCAGCGAGAAGACCGCGAUGAACCGGUCAACGAUCAUCGUGCCGCUCGCGGGCGUCGUGUGGUUCGUGGAUCUGUUUAACUAUUACGCGAAUGGCGCCAACGACGCGGAGCUCAGCAGCAAAGAACUGCAGCUCGACACCAAGGUCUUCUAUUUCGAUGUUGGCGAGAACGCCCGGGGCCGCUUUCUGAAGGUGUCGGAGGCCAGCAUGGCGCGCGCGCGCUCCACCAUCAUCGUGCCCGCGGGAGGCCCCGCGGCGGAGGGAUGGGCGGCGUUCCGCAACGUGCUGGUGGAGAUCCACGAGGCGUCCAUCGCGCUCCCCACGAACAAUGCGUCCGGCGCCGUUCCCGCCACGCAGGUUGACGGUUCGUUCCAUCACACGCCGGUUGCUGCUGCACCCGCGGCGGCACCUGCCGCGGGAGGCGCGGUGGAGGGAGGGGCUGGGGCGCCAUCGGCGGGUACCGCGGGCGGCCCGUCGACGGGCGGCGGUAUCGGGCCGGGCGGCAACGUGUUGGCGUCGCGCGUGAUCCGCGCGGAGCAGAAGCGGUUCUUCCUCGACCUGGGGUCGAACGUUCGCGGACAGUUCCUCAAGGUUUCCGAGGUGCAAGGCACGGACCGGUCGGUGAUCAUAAUCCCGGCGCAGGCAUUGGAGCAGAUUCACGAGGCGCUGGGGCAGUUUGUGCAGGUGCUCAAGGCGCAGCCUCCGCCCUCGCCGCUCGUGCGCACUCUCGCCCCUCAGCCCAAGCGCACUGGCGACUCCUAG